AUGCGUAUUGUCGUCGAUAGCGACAGUGACAGCGACUUUGAUGACACGCUGAAUGCGCGUCGCAGGCUUCUUGCUGAGUUGUCGCAAGAUGGCAAUAUGUCGUUUGGAGCCACUAGUGUCGAAAAGGUCGGUAAUUUGCUCGACGAGCUAGUUCUGACGCCAGAACCGGUGCAACGGCGAUACGAGGACCAUUUGGCAGAUGUAGCUCACGUCGAGCAGCUGCGAGACGAUGUCAACAGUCGAUCUAUGAAGAUGUGCAGUCAGGUUGAUGAAUCGCAACAAUCUCGAGAGCAAAAGCGUCUUCAGCGCUUGCAGGAGAUCCGACUGGGCAAGCAAAGGGCCAAGGAAAUUGCGCAGGAGAAGGAGCGCAUUGCCGCAGAGCUUGAGCGCCAGAAGCGGGAAAAAGAGCGACUGGAGCUCGAGAAACAAGAAGAAGCUCGUAGAGCCGAGCAGAGACGGCUCGAUGAGCAGGCAGCCAAACUCAGGGCUGAACGAGACCGGCAAGAGGCUGAGCGAGCAGCCCAGGAAGCAGAGAAACAACGAUUAGAUGCUGAAAAGCAAGCAAGAGCAAAGGCUGAGCAAGAAGCCAAGGAAGCGGCCGAAAAGGCCAAAGAAAAGGCCGAGCAAGAAGCCAAAGAGGCUGCUGAAAAACAAGCCAAAGAGGCCGCCGAAAAGGCUUCUCAAGCUUCUGCGCAGGGCUUUACAAAUUUGGAUGAUGUCAAUAAAGAGUUUGCCCAUUAUAAGGACCUGAUUGCAUCAUACAAGCGGGAUCUUGUUGCUCCAGUGUCUGCUCAGCCAGCAGUGAAGGCAGGCUGUUUUGCCUACAAAACUAAAAUCAAGACCAAGCUUGGCCAGCUAACAUACACCAAGGAAAAAGUGGUCAGAACGCGGGCAGAGCUCAGAACCUUGUUUGGAGAAUCCAAAGCCCAAGGUGAUCUGGUUUACCGGUGGACGUUGAACUACUAUGCCAAAGCCAUGGUUUCGCACGCUGAAAGUCAAGCACAUCUUGCCGUGCAGACUGCUGUACCAUUAGCAAUGGUGACAAUCUUAUUAUGGUCGGAUUACCCUGAGUUGGGUGAGUUUGUGAUUGCUCGUCUUGUCAAAAAGUGCCCCCAGGUUAUCGGCUACGGUUGCUCUAUUGAGACUGAAGAAGGCCGAAUUCGAAUGGGAUACAAACGUGAGGACGGCCGUUGGGAAACGCAGGAGGCCUAUAGCGAGCGUAUUUCCGCAAUGACUGCUGUGUUCGCCGCGUUGACUCAAACAAAACUAGGCGUCAAGGAAAACAUCAAGCAUCCUUAUCCCAUCAAGCAUUCCUGGGUAUUUAUUGCAAGACAACUCAACAAACCUACUGAACUGCUACUGAAUGCCGAUUACGCUGCAGUGGCCUCGUGGUGGGAUAUUUGCUGUGAACGGUUCCAGCUGGCGUUUGGCAAGCAGGCCAACAAGGUUCUGCACCUGGCUGCCAAUGGCUGGACUGCUGUCUCUGCACAGCAGAAGUACCCUGCGGCCGCCCGUCUCCAUCUUCUUGGUGAAGAUUGGAAUUCCAGUGGUAAACUCCAGCAGGCCUGGAAGCCAUUAGCGUGA